AUGAUACCUAACUUCAAGUUUGUCUUUAAUUCCAAACCACAGCCAAAGAAAGCGCCACGAGGGAAACAAGUUCGUGGAAGUUACGAAGAGCUUAUACCGCAUGUUCGCCACGACAUCGAAAUGACCAAGGCUCAGCUUCACCAGUAUGACGGCAACACUUUAUUGAAUAAGCUCACUGCUUUGAUGGAAUCGGACCACGAAAAAAUGAUCCAACAGCUACAGAAGGAAUGCGAACGCGAAUGUGACUGUGGAUCCGAAUCAAAGCGAGGUAAAUCGUCGUCAUCAUCAUCAUCAUCAUCAUCAUCGUCGUCGUCGUCGUCGUCCUAUUAUGAGAAACUAUUUUUAUACUUGAAUACUCAGCUAGAGGAGCUUUCUAAUUUGUUAGGCGUUUUCAAAAACAACUACAUACAUUCACUAUACAAUGACAAGAUGCUGUCGAAAAAAACAACGCCUUUACAAACCACCAGAAAAUACAGCACUUCUGCAUCAUUCUCCUCCGACAGCUCUACCAAAAGUAGCUUGUCAUUGGUGAACUCAAAUAAUGACCUAAUGGAAGAUGCUCCUGACCAUUUGCUAGACCCAAUUUCAUACGAAGUAUUUACAGACCCAGUCAUCACACCUAGCGGUAUCACUUAUGAGAAAGAAACCAUAUUGAAUCACAUGAAGAAAAAGGGAAAAUACGACCCUAUCAGCAAACAAGAGUUGAGCAAGGAUCAGCUAUAUCCAAACUUGGUUAUCAAAGAUUCGGUUGAGGCAUAUAAAAAUGAUUCAGUGAUGAAAAAAUUAGAUUCAGUACAACUUUAG